AGUUUCUCAUUAUCAAAACAUCCUCUCUUCUUUCUCCUUCACUCUCUGCAACACCAAAAAUGGAGAAGCCAUCCUCAAUGAAGCAAUGGAAGAAAGGUCCUGCUCGUGGGAAAGGCGGUCCUCAAAACGCUCUUUGUCGGUACCGAGGAGUCAGGCAAAGAACGUGGGGAAAAUGGGUGGCUGAGAUCAGAGAACCCAAGAAGAGGGCAAGACUCUGGCUUGGUUCUUUCGCUACUGCUGAAGAAGCAGCCAUGGCUUAUGACAAAGCAGCGUUGAAACUCUAUGGCCAAGACGCUUAUCUCAACUUACCUCAUCUUCAGCAGAAACAAGGGCCUCCUGUCAACAAAACUCAGAGGUUCAAAUGGGUGCCUUCAAGGAAGUUCAUCUCUAUGUUCCCUUCUCGUGGUUUGCUUAACGUGAAUGCUCAGCCUAGCCUUCACGUUAUCCAGCAAAGACUAGAUGAGCUAAAGAAAAACGGACUUCUAUCUCAAUCCUCUAUUAACCUUCUUGAUGAGCAGAAGAAACCAGAGGUGGACCUGAACGAGUUUCUUCAGCAGAUGGGGAUCUUGAAGGAUAAGUGUCAAGCAGAAGCAAGUGAAGUAGGAGAAUGUCAGUACACUCCACCAUGGAAAGAACAAGAAGAAAAUGUAAGUCCUUUCACAGAUCAGAGUCUAGGCAGUGAGACUGUGAUUGAUGAGAUGCCAGGAAGUGAAACCUCAGCUAUGCAUUUCGACUUCAGCAAUUUCGAAAGCUAUGAUGAUCUAGGUUUCCCUUCCAUCUGGAACUUCUGUGGAAGCUUAGAUGAGUGAGAGAGAUGUGUUGCACAUCAGUUUCAAAAGUACACGUGUUGAGUUAGGUUUAGUGUUUUUGUAAUAGUGUAGCUAGCUGCAUGGAUAGAAAGAGAUAUGCUCAGAGUGCAGUCUCUGCAGCAAUAAAAUGAGUCAGUGUACUUCUGAAUAUGAACAAGUUGUUCUGUUUUUUUUGGUA